CCUAUCAUUCCCCUCAAACCUUCAGGAGAAAAAAAGGACGGAGCAUGAUUGAUUGUUAUCCUGGCUGGUAGUUUCAAUCAAUAGUCUGCUGUCUGUUGUUGCUACAUGUGGAGGCUAUGGGUGAACUCACCAUCAUGGCUCUUCCAUUUGGGGUUUCUUGGCUUUGCACUCUGUUGUUAUGGGGCUGCAUUUGCUUUCCUCCUCAAAAAGGUUACAAUAUUGCACAUGCCUACUCUCUCAAUGAUGAAGAAUUCAGUAGCCAUGCUGGCAUGCUUGUUCCACAAACAUCAAACCACUUUCACUCAGGAGCAUCUUUAAACACAAACCAAGACUCUGCUAGUCCAAGAGAUGAUUUGCAAGAUAUGAGACCCCAAAGCUUUGUUCACCCUGAAAAUAACGAGGCUACUGGCUCUGGUACUAGCUUCAGUGAAGACAUUAUGCAAAGCAAACCAGACUUGGACCAUAAUGUCCCCUCUGCUCUCUCUGUGCAGGAAUAUGAGCAUGAGGGUUCUGAAAAUCAACACCCCCUUGGCUUAUUAUUGAAGGAGCACACACAAGAAAACACUGUGGAGGGUGUCAGUUUCCCAACAAUCAAAGCUUUCAAACAAUUUAUCGAAAGAAUGAAGAGCUCCUUUUUAAUACCAGGAACUGACUUAGGUACUCAUUUUCAAAUUGCACGGGAAAAGACAGAAAAUGAGAUGGCUUCAUAUCCUGAAAGUAUUGAGGGAGAGCCUGACACAAGCUAUAGGUCUACUUCUGCAAAAGAAGGUGCUGCCCCUGAUGCUGUCAGAUUAAAUGAAGUCUGGAGCGGACCUAUGAAUAUAGCGUUUGAACAAAGUGCACAGGAUGCCAAAUACCAAAUGCCAAGUGAAAGCCUCUCUGUCCCUGACCCUGUCGACUCCACUGCACUCAUUUCUACUAGUGUUUAUGACAACCAAGACCUGGGCCUGGACUCUGCUUACCCACAUCAUAUUUUAGCGCCCACAGAGCCUUUUUCAAGUAAUGAUGAAAGCUUUAACAGUGGUGGCCUUUUUGGGAAAAGCCCUGAUAUUUUCACAAAUGUGAGAAAUGAAGAUCAGUCAAUAAGCUACAAGCUUCCUGAAGAAAUACCCUCUGGCUCAUUCUUUGGAGAGGACUUGUCUUUCGAUGGCCAUGUAACUGUGUCCCCUGUUAAUGUCCUUCCCUCUCAAGAUUUCAAUUACUAUUCAAGUAAAACACCACUAACCUCUGAGAAGAAUAUCCAACAAACCAAAUAUACAUCUCAAAGUAAAGACUUUUUAACAGGGGAUAAAAUGCAAUCUGGUGGUUUUGAACCUGGAAAUGAUUUCCAAAGUGAGGAGUUAGGCAGAUUGACUCCAGCCAAAGUCCUGUCUGCACCAAAGCCCCCAUCUUUUAAUUUCUACCACCUGCCUGCAUCUACUGGUUCUGGUUCUUCAGGCUCUAAUUACCCUUCACCACAGAGCAGUAGUGCUCAUGUGGGAGUUCAAACAGGCCGCCCACAUGAUGCUCAGAAUCAAGCUUUCAACACAAAGCAGCCAGACGGUUUCCACCUAAUGUUUACUGUGAAACCUUCCAGCUCUCUUCAUGGUUCAAACAGAUAUGAUCCUUCCACCCUAACUGCCCAUGAAGAUGAAGAGAAAUCAGACAUCUCCAAGCACAAUCAGGCCUCUGCCACGCAAGGACCAGAACACAUGGCUGGCAAUAGCCGUAUUCUCCUUUCUAGUGGUUUAGCUUCAAGCCAGAGUGGGGUGUCAUCUCAGUUCAGGGAUGUUGAUGAAAAUGUCAACUCUUUAACUAACUUGGCUCCAACCUCAGCAUCAGAGAGACUCUUUUCAAGAUUAGCUGGCAAUAAAAUCAUGUCCAGGAACUUUGGAAUCAAGAAUAUAAUCUCCGACAAACGUGGUGCCAGAAACCCCCUAGGCUCAUUUUCUGCCCCACUCAGACGAGGCAUUUCUCUAAACAGUGACUAUAUGAUAGCAACCAUAGCUGGCCAUCCAAAGACCACCAUGCAAGUAAACAAGGUAUGGAAGUAUCCUGCCUUUGUGAAUAAAAAGUCCGGCAAAAUGGCCUACAGGGCUCUUAAACCACUGUCUGCAUCCAAAGUUUCUGCUUCUACUUUAAGUCAUGUAUGGAUGAAUGGCAGAAAAACAAAAAGGUUUAUGAAGGUAUAUGCUGUUCAGUCCAGAAAAGGCUAUGUAAGGAGCAAAAGCUUUAAUGCACCGUAUCGGCUGAAUUAAUUGAAGAACACUGUAUCCCACAAUGUAAAAAGAUCUAAAGAAUCGUAAAGGACAAUAAAAACUUUGAUAGAGACAAAAUGAACAUGAAGGUAAAUAUGCAAAUAUCAAAUCUAGAAAGACCUGUUUCCUUCUUUGCUAUCUUAAAUGUAAGUGAUCAUUGAUUGCAAGUCCUUUUUGUAAACAUGCUUAAGCUGUCAUGACUACUUAAUGCUCACACAACUAUCGAUUCAAGUGUGAAAUCCUUUCAUUUCUUUUUUCAUUAGGAUCUGUUGCCAUCUUCACCUGGGAGGAAAAUGAGGAUGAGGUCUCUACAGUUCUACUCACAUCUGCUCUGACUAGUAAAAGCAUGCUCCUUGUUUUGAUUGUGUCACAUGGGAUAAGCUAAUCAACAACUUCAUUGUUUUAGGUUGACUAUCUUUAUUUUCAGUUACAAAUAAAAAGUAAAUGCUGA